AAGGUACCGGUUAAAGUAAAAGGUCAAAACCAAAGGGUACAGCGUCUCCUAAAGAAAGAUCUACAGGACUCUAGAAGGUUGUCCCUACCUGGAGAACCUUACUGCAGCAAGGAAGAAAAUAGAUCAAAUGAUGGAAGAAUUAGAGACAGUGGAUAACAUGGAAGAGGAGAGGACUGGUGAUAUGGAGGAAGAGUCUGAAUUUAGCAUAGGAGGCCUGGAAAUCAUGAAACUAAAUGACAACAAAGCAGGGAUGGUUGGCCUUGACAGAGAUCGAAUCAACCAAAUCCUAGAGGAAGCAUCCCGGGGAUCUAAGUUUUAUGAGCACAAAAAGAAGUGUCAGGAACGUAUCAAUAUGAAAAUUCAAGAAUUACAAGAAAGGAAGAGAAGGAUUCUGCCUGAGCAGCUUGAAAGGUCUACAAAGCAGAUGGAUGAAUAUCUGAAGCAGCUUGAGCAGGAGCAAGACCUUAGUCAUACAAUUGUGCAUGUGGACAUGGAUGCAUUUUAUGCAGCUGUCGAAAUGAGAGAUGACCCUUCACUUUGUGAGAAACCAAUGGCUGUCGGUGGAAAUUCCAUGUUGAGCACCUCUAACUAUCUGGCCCGACGUUAUGGAGUACGAGCUGCAAUGCCAGGCUUCAUUGCCAAGAAGCUGUGCCCAGGGCUCAUCAUCGUCCCCUGCAUAGCACCCAAUGCCAUGCUAGCAAAGGUGUGCUCAGACUACAACAAGCCCAAUGGUCAGUUUUACCUCCCCCCAACUGUAGAGGCUGUUCGGCACUUUAUUGAUGACCUCCCACUUAGAAAGAUUCCAGGAAUAGGAAAUGUCACUGGACAACUUCUGGCAUCUUUGGGAGUGACCAAGUGUAGGGACGUUUGUGAAAAUCGAGGGCUCAUCAAUCUACUUUUCUCUGAGCUCAGCUGUCAUCAUUUCAUGCAGGUUUCUCUUGGUAUGGGGAGCACAUCAUUGAGCACAUGGACAGAGCGAGAGAGAAAGAGCAUCAGUGUUGAGCAAACGUUCCAAGACACAAGUGAUAAGGCAACUCUUAUCCAGAAGUGCAGGGAACUCUCUGAGGACCUGAGUGAAGAAAUGAAGGAGAAGCAACUUGUUGGAAAGGCAGUGACCCUCAAGAUCAAAACGUCUGGUUUUGCAGUGAAGACGAAGGUGAGAAAUAUGGCUUCAUAUACCAAUGAUGUUGAUGAGAUCUUCAUGGUUGCUCAAAGGAUUCUCCAUGGAGAACUGGACCAACCUGUUACUCUUCGUCUGAUGGGAGUACGAAUGAGCUCUCUCCUCCAUGAGUCAGAGGUGGCACCAGGCAAACAAGUGAAAUUGAAGGAUAUGUUGAGCCGGCUGAAGGAGAAACCAGCCCAGCCAAUUACCAGCUGCCCAGUUUGUAAGAAGUUUCAGAGUGGAAGUGAAAGGCAGAUGAUGGCUCAUAUUGAAACAUGCUUGGUGAAGAAGUCUUCACAGGUGGAACUAUUGAUGAAAAGUCAAGAAGGGUCCUCAGACAUGGUGAAAUCAGGGAUGAGCAUGAUUGAUGGCAUAACAUGUCCAGUGUGUAAUCAAAGCUUAGAGGGACAAGGAGAGACAGGGGUCUCAACUCAUGUGAAUUGGUGCCUUGAAAGUACAGAGCCUUCACCUAAAAACCCAAAGAAGAGGACACCUACCCAGCAAAAUUCACAUUCAAAAAAACUUAGGACUUUGGAUUCCUUUUUGGUGAAGAAGUGACUCUUGCUAUAGUGUGUGAGAGGAUCAGUUUUUAAGUAGCUAUGAUUGUCUUGAUGUUCAGAGUAUAAUGCUUUGAUGAGAUUUGUUUGAUCAUAGAUGGGUUCUUAGCAUUUUUACUGUGGCACAACAGGUCACCAACAAUUCAUUUUAGGCAUGAAGUUGCUAACAACUUCAGUCAAAAUGUAGUUUUUAGAGAUGCCAAUUAUCACACUCUCCUAACCACAAGGUCAUUACAAAGCGCAGGGAUGAACUCCUAUGUUGACAUUCAACCUAAGCAAAGUGCUGGCAGACUCCCUGUAUGGAGGUUCUAAAAUAUUCCUGCCAUCAGUUACAGCUCAUGAAUGAAGUCUGUAAUUAAAAAUGAGUACAAAUUGUAUGUAAAAUGCAGCAAUCAUCAUCAUCAUUAUGCUAUCUUCUCAUCACUUCAUCUCUCUACUGUGAAAGAAUACCCUUCCUUAUUUAGUUUUCUAUGCCUGUUGAUGUUUGAUGGAUUCCAGUGCCAUUCACUCAAUGAUUUUUUAAAUAUGACAAUGCAGCUCACAAAAGCAUCAAGAAUUAUUUUUGUCCCCCUUAUCUUUCCCAACAGAUUAGCCAUCAGAAACCCAGGUACCCCAUUUCUUCAUAUG